AAUUUCCUACUCAAAAGUUAGGCUUAUUCAGUUAUUCUACCUCUCUUUACAUAUGAAAAUCCACUUAAAGAAAAAUAUAAGUGCUUUUGGUAAUGGAGCAGUUGCAAAGGUUACGUAUCUAAAUACGGAAAUUUAGAUACACAACAAAACUAAUCUUUAAAAUCUUCCUCACCGUUAUCCUCAAAACUCAUCCAAAGAAGAUUGCAAAUAUGAGUUCUCCUCUCAUCCAUGAAAUCAAAGGUCAAGCUUUUCGGUUCUUGAAGGAGAAAAUUAAAACUGCAAGGCUAGUGCUCACUGAUGUUACACCAGUGCAAUUAAUGACAGAAGAAGCCACAAAUGAGAAUCCAUGGCCACCAGACACACGUACAACGAGAGUAAUAUCACGAUCUGCCUUUGAAGUCGAUGAAUAUGAGAGAAUUGUGGAGAUUUUACAUCACAGGUUCUCCAAAUUUGAUAAAGGAUAUUGGAGAGCUUCAUACAAGGCUCUUAUUUUACUGGAACAUCUUCUAACUCAUGGACCUAAGAGAAUAUCCGAGGAAUUUCAAUGUGAUAUACAUGUUAUUGAGGAGAUUGGACAAUUUCAGUACAUUGAUGAGAAAGGUUUCAACUGGGGUUUGAGUGUUAGAAGAUUGUCAGAAAGAAUAUCAAAGCUCUUAAGAAACAAGGAUUUUCUCAAAGAAGAAAGAGCAAGAGCACGUCAUAUUUCUAGUGGGAUCAAAGGUUUUGGAAGUUUUAGCCAACGGAGCUCGACAAUGGAUGAAGGUUUUAAUGACUUAGCUUCUAAGAUUUAUGGGAGAUGUAAUUCUUACUUUGAUCAACGCCAACAUGAUAAAUAUGAUCUCACAAGCUUAGCAAAGAAACUCUACACUGCUGAUGGACAAAAGAGAGAGCAACAAGUUCAUGAACACAUGGAAUGUUCAAGGCUCCUAGAGCAAGAAAAUAAUUCAAAUUCGAGAGAAGACAUAGAAGAAUAUCACCCCUUUGUUGAUCAAGAGAAAUUGACUACAGCAUCCCUUCUUUCUGUGUAA